GUCAGUAUUAUUGGGGAUGAGGGCAGAGGGGUAGUAGGUCAGUAUUAUUGGGAGAUGAGGGCAAAGGGGUAGUAGGACAGUAUUAUUGGGGAUGAGGGCAGAUGGGGUAGUAGGUCUAUAUUACUGGGGGAUGAGGGCAGAGGGGGUAAUAGGUCAAUAUUAUUGGGGGAUUAGAUGGGGUAGUAGGGCAGUGAGUAUUGGGGAUGAGGGAAGGAGGCGGGGCCGGGUAUUUUUUAUUCAGGUUUAUCCAUUGGGACACGGGAGGGGGCAGAGCGAAGAGUUGGUCAGUUUGUCAACAGGUCAGUACCAUUAAAUUGCGGAGGGGGUGGAGUGUCAUCUCUGUUGAUCACUGGCAGGAGGGGGCGAGGCUGAUAAGGAAGUGGGCGUAACCCGGGCGGUACCAUCCCCCUGCAGGGAGAGGGGAUUCUGAUGGUUCCGGUCCAGUGAGUUCCCCAGGGAUUCCCUUGCGCUGAUCCGGGAAUGGAGACGCUGAGCAGGAGUCAGGGGGAUCGUGCGGGGGAGAACCAGAGGCGCGCGGAGGUCGGACUGGCGGGGGAGCAACUCAGGCUGCGGCUGCAUAACGCCAAGCUGAUAAAGGACCGGUGUCAGGACACGCGCACAUACCCAAACUGCCUGGUGGGCAAGGAGCUUGUUGAUUGGCUAGUGGAGCACAGUGAGGCCCCUGACAGACAGACGGCUGUGAGCAUCAUGCAAAGACUUAUGGACUACAACGUGGUGUAUCAUGUAUGCGAUGAACACGUGGCAUUUAAAGACGCCAAGCUCCUGUAUCGCUUUCGGAAUGAUGAUGGCACCCUGUCUCCCAGCAAGCAGGUGAAGAUAUGUGUGCGGGGCCAGCGCUUAUACGAGAUGAUAACCAGCCAGGAGGAAUCCAUACUGCAGGUUCGGGAGCAGGGCUCUGAGCGGUAUCGCCGGACUUUCCUUGGUCGGCAGAUUUUGGACUGGCUGCUCGAUCACGGGGAGGUAUCCAGCAGGGAGGAAGGAGUUAAGCUGUGCCGGGAAUUGCUGGAACAUGGCAUCAUACAGCAUGUGUCCGGACACCAGCACUUUUCCGAUUCGGAAAUGUUGUUCCAGUUCACGAUUAAUUUCAGACGUAGGAGAAAACUGAUUGAGGUCCUGAACGAUCCAGAUCCCUUUAUGGAUCCCAAGCAAGAAUCUCCCGACAGCCCCUUCUGCCUUCGCAAGCUUGGCUCCGAUCUCCCUCAUAACAACUUUGUCUUUGGUAAGCCUGUCUGUGUUUCCCCAGCCUGCAAAUAA